ACGUGACCAGCAGAGUUUCCUGUUACUAUUGUAUUACACUUCCAUGUUUUUCCCCUCAAACAGCAACCGUAAUGUAAACUACACAACGGGCUAAUUAGUCUCUGUCGUGUGAUUUGUCGCACAUAGAAAGUUAGUUUAACUUCGUGUCAGGUCGCUAUCUCGCUGGCGGAGGUGCUGAUCGGGGCCAACAUGGCCAACUGUGUGGCUUUCCAGAGCAAGUUAACCUCGAUCAUGGAGAUGCUAGCUAAAGCUGCCGUGGUGGAAAUCAGCAAACUGUGGGAGGACGGCUUCGCCCUCGUUCAGGUCGAGCUCCGCCGGAGGGAGAGCGAGAUUGAAGCCCUGAACAGAAAGUUAAUGUUGAUGGAAAACGAGCGGUUAACCGUCCUGACUCAGGCUCAGACUACAAAUCUGUCUUCAUCAUCAUCAUCAUCAUCAUCCUCAUCAUCUUCCCCCAAGAGAGAGCAGCAGAACAAGCUGCUGCCGCCCACCGGUGAUGGGCCGAUUAUAGAUUCAGUCCAGACGUUGUCUUGUGAUCAGAGCAUCAGAGAGAGGGCAGACACCUCAGCGAAUCUCAUAACACCACCACCACCAUCACAGACAGAAGAGAAACAAUCAGAGCAACUCAAGUCUGACGUCUGUGAAAGUGACAGCAGAGAUGAUGACGAAGAUUUAAUAGUCAAGCUAGAGGACGAGGACGACGUCCAGAUCGUGGAGCAGAUAGAGGACUCGGAUCACAGUGUUAACGACGGUGCGGGUCACCAUGAGAUGGAAGUGAGCCUCCCGUCUGCCGACGUUGUGGAAGAACAAGAGAGCCAGCACUGGUCGUCAGUUUCAGUGGGAGACAGCGACACAGCUGAUGACUCGGACUGCUUCUUUGAACCGAAGCAGCUUGCACAAAAUCUGGACUCAGAAAUCCUGCUUAUUCAGAACGCUUUAGACAUUUUUGAUAACUCAGCAGAGACAGCAUACUCUGACAGGUUUCUGAGGGAUAAUGGACCAAGUGCAUCAAGUAAAUCAAGGGCUCCUGUGACUUUUAACCAAGCUCAGCCAAGUCAGCCCGUAGACGCAGUGAAUCACCCAGAGAGAGGAGUUUCCAUCCGAUUCCUCUCGGAGAAACAAGCUCAAACUAAAAACAUGUCGGCUUUUAACCCGGACAGCAGAUUCUUUCUUUUAAACGACCCAGAGCUGCAUAAAACCAUAGCAAGUCGCCGCAUAAAGGAGAAAUGGUUCAUCUGCCCAUUCUGCGGCAAAAGCUUUGAUCGCGUCAGCCACCUGGAGAUUCACCAGAGGAUCCACACGGGAGAGAAACCGUACACAUGCGAUACAUGUGGCAAGUGUUUUUCUCAGAGGAGCAACCUUCGCACUCACCAACGGACUCACAAAGAGGCUAUAUCCCAAAAUGCAGUUUGAAGAGUGAGAAAAGUUAGAAAUAUCUGUGUGGCUUUUAUGUCUAGAAUAACUAACAAAUUCUCUUUGUAUUUUAAUAUUACUUCAAAGUAAUGUAGCUGACUGAUUUUACUGUGCACUUCUUUCUUUUUUUUAAAGAAGUUAUAACUUUGACAUAGCUUGGAUUGUGAGAACUAAUUUUGGUACUUAUGUACUGUUUGUAAACGCAGCCAGUUGAAGAGCUUUAUUAAAACGU